AGCAGCUUUCUUUUGAGCUCAUUUGAAUCAUUUUGCUCAUGGAGAACCGCGCGCUCAAGACCCGUGGUCUUUCUCCGUACCUCAUUUUAGCAGCAGCUUCAGUGGCCCUUUUUAAGGCAAUUUUGCAAGGUGAGCUGGACACCUGCGACUCUUUGCCCCGACUGGUGAAUCUCAGCAGUGUCGCCAAGGACGCAGAGGCUCAGGUCGAGAAACUGACCUCGGAAGACGUCCAUUUGUUAGAAGCUGAAGCUGUACUGGGCAAAGCCCUAAAACGCCUGGAGCAAGGUGGCAGACAGCAGGCCUUAGCAGCCCAGGAGCUCAGAGAGAGCGCUGUGUACAAGGAGGUGGUGCGGUAUUCUGAGCUCUUUGAUUCUGCAAGGGCGACGCUGCAACCAACCAGGUUCAAUAGUGUUUGGUCUCGGCCUGAUGCUGAGUUCUUUGUUCGGUCUCCACCUGGCUCCACCUGGUUUGAAUACAAGGUCGUUGCACAGAUCGAGCAGAACCUUGUGAAUUGCAUGGCCCCUUUGCAGGAGAGGGAGCUCAUCCUGAAGUACCAGCCUGUUUUCGUGGAGCCUCACCGGGAUCUCAUCAAACCGACACCACAUCACGGCGUGGUGCGAACUUUGGCCCGGAUCCUGGGAUUCUACAUUGAGACGGUCUUUGAACUCGUGCGAGUGUCCAACAAAGAGUUCGGCUUUUUGGUGGAGGUUGCCAAGAGUGAUUUCCCCAUCAAGAACAGCCUCAAGCUCCCCAAAAGGCGCUUGUUGAGCAAGCGAAUUCAAGUGGACACCAAGAAUCUGUGGCUUCCAGUGGGCGGUGGCAAAACUGGGACGAUCGUGGUUUCAGUGAGCCGCGUCCAGGUUGGCGUCCCCAUCCCAUCCAGCGCCUUGCGCUUUUUAGCCAACAGCUUCACCAAGAGCAUCCUGGGCAACAUCAAGCGGGGAUGCGCCCUGAGCUCCGACGAGCUUUGCGCACAUUGGGGAACGCAAUGAUGCGCAAAGCCUUUCAGGAGUCCAGCCCCUGGCACAAACGCAUCAAGCGUGAUGCAGAUGGCUUUUACCAUGAGCUGGCUACUGUGGAGGACGCCGCUCGGAAGCGGAGGAGCAUUUCCAUCUCACAGCUGCCGAGUGAAGCAAUCUUCGAUCGGCCAUGGGGCCUCUCCAAGUAAAACUUGCAGAGGUCGAUAGUAAGACUCUGGUAGAGGUUAAGUUCCCAAAUAUUUUAAGCACAGUAGUCACCCUUAGUCAGUAGUCCUAAUAGCUAUCUCUUAAUGUCUCUUCCUUGGAGGUGGAUUUCACGCCAUCAGAUUCCACAUUGCCAUGGCGGCACCUCCACAAUAGCUCCCGUUGGCUGAUGGAGAUUCGACUGCCCUUGCUGAAGAGUCCAGACAAUGGACAAGACUGAAGAGUC